AUGGACUCGACACGCUACAGUAACCGCCGCAUAAACAGUGUCCAGGCCCGCGAACGCCUACAGCGACACAGUUCGGCAACCUCGCGCGCGAGCAGGCGCCCCGUCUCCGCCCAGGAUGCCUACCUCUAUGCCCUCCGCGUGGGCUACCUCCACUACCUGCUACAGCCCCGGCAGAAGCGCGUCCAGCACGUGCCCGCACCAAAGCCAGUCCAGCGCGUCUCGACUACCACUGCCGCCAACGUCAUAUCAGAAAUUGCUUCGAUACGCGACUCCAAGAGUACCAAGUUCCCACAUGGUUUCAUGGGAGAGCUGGAGAAGCGCAUGACAAAGGUUCUGAUGGGCACAGAGAAGAUGCCUGAGUUCAGGGACCCUGCGGUCAAGCGUACAUUCGCCGUGUUCUUGAAUGCCUUCAAGGAGCCGCAAGCCAGGAGGAACAUGGAACAGGACAGGAAGGUAGAGGGUUUGGUCCUGAUGUUCUUCUCGAAUGCCACAAAGGAGAUGCAGAGAGGCAAGCAGCUGGGGGACGAUAGCUAUAAGCUUAUGGUGGACCGACACUUGGCCCUCUUCAUCCGCCUGAUCAGCUCGACGCUGAGGGACCACGACUGGCAGCGAGACCGGCCCGAAUUGCUGCAGCGACUCCAGACCAUGGAAAAGAAGCUGUUGGUGCACGACCAAGAUCUGACAGCCGAGAGCCAGCGCAACGGUGGGCAAGGUGGCACAACAAUUGAGGUGCUAGUGGAACGGUCUUACGAGGUCAAAGACAUGCCGCUUGUCUUGAUUGUCUCGCGAAUCUUCUCUGUGUCUUACUCCGACGUUCAGGCAGACGUUACCAGAUACAAAGACUCCUGGACAGAGAAGGCAGCGUUGCAAGAUCUCAAAACAUACCAGACCAACCUGAGUCUGAUGACAAAGAAGACGCUGAAUAUGGGCGACUUUGAAUCAGAGGAAGCAUACGAGCUGUGGAAGAAUCAAGAAACACCCGAGCUUUCGCGCUUGAUUAUGGAACUCCUGCAAGCAAACCCAGAUUUAGCAAAGAGCUCGUCACAUGGUGCCGCGGCGCAGCUCAGGUCCCACAACGCAUCAGUUGACCUAGGCUCAAGGCAAGGCUCGCAAUCUUCUGAAAGUGGCGCAGCAUACGGCCUUGAUCAAGCGAUGGACGGACUCAGUAUGCGCGACGACCUGGCGAACGGUGACGAAUCGUAUACCUUCAUUCCGUCCGACCCUCGCAGCUACUACCGCGCUAUCGUCAAGGAGGCCCUUACGUAUGAUCUAGCCGAUGCAAAACACAACGAAGGAGCUACUGAGUAUACCGGAUUGCUCUCUAAACAGUCACACGAUCUACUUAAUGAGAUCGCGUUCAGGUGGAGAUUGCCUCAGCCUUCGCGUUUCAUGCUGUACCUGGAUGUCAUUCGAGAAAAGUAUCUCGACCAAGAGCUGGACCUUGACACUCUGGAUGCUGCGUUCAAUUAUGUGAAGGAGCCACCACCAACCGACAAGAAGUCAAACAGGAUGAGCAUGAUGCAGAUGCCAGUACCCGAUGUACUAUCAGAUCGCUCGAAAUGGACCGUACACGACUUUUUGCUCAACCAACAGAUUCUAUCAUCACUGCAUGAUGCGCUACUUCGUGAGCUCUUCGAGCUGAUGAUGUUCGUUUACGACACCAAAGCGCCACCGCUAGGACCUAUCAUGUACAUCAUCACGAGCCACAUUUAUGAAGAUCCCAUUUUCGAUGCGCCCGACGAAGAUCUCAACCAGUUUACAGAGCAAUUGCGGCAGGCACUUCGACGGAAAUCAGGUGACGUGUAUGGAGAAAUGCUGGCUAAGAACAUUCCUGACACCAAGGAGGAUUGGGAAUUCUAUCAUGUCAUCGAGCUAGGACGCGCAGUGGUGAAGCUAUGUGAGAAGAUCCAGAAGCGAUACCGCAAAACACCCGAGAUUAUGGGUGUCAGCCCGAUGAUGUGUUUAGUCGAAGAGAUGUUUCCAGCAUACGCGACAGAUGCGAGGGACAUAGUCUCACGCAUCAUGGACGUGGCUCACUCCAAGGGCGAAGACGUACCGGUGCAAGAUGGGUUCGAUCUCUACAAAGAGAUGGUCGAGAUCCGUCGCAUACACAGCGAUGCUCUGCCGAAUCGACGCUUUGCAUUCAACAUCGAGGGUCUGCUGCAGGAAUUCGUCUGGCGUUGGAUCGAGAUGACCGAUUCGAACCUCAUAGGUUGGGUCGACAAUGCUUUCAAGGUGGAUCAGUUUCAGAUCCAGUCACAAAACCCUGUUCCUGCCGAUGACGAACGACACAGUAUCUCAGUUGUAGACAUUUUCCGAUCCUUCAACCAGAGUAUUGAGCAGAUUGUAGGGUUGAACUGGGACGAUGACCUACAGUAUGCCAAGUUCAUGACAGCCGUAUCAAAGUCAAUCGGUCUUGCGCUUGCUAGGUACUGCGAUCUUGUCGAACAAAAGUUCGCGAGGGAAAUGGACCGGUUGACACCAGAGCAAGAAGCUGCAGCGCGUCAGACGAGAACACAACAGUGGGCAUCAAUGGCCAAGGAUUUGUAUGCACAAAAGGAAGCGGUUGUGCCGUUCCAGUUCUGGCCUGAGUCUCUCGUCAAGCUCAACAACAUCGAAUACGCAAUGCAACAGCUCGAUAAGCUGGAGCGCGAGAUUGGAGUGGAUGCCUGUGCAGAAGUCAUCCAGAAGUACGCGCCUCCUCCAACUCAACGCAUUCGAAACAACAACUUCGUCUUCACAAUUAAGAUCAUCGAAGCGGAGGACCUCAAGGCGUGUGAUAUGAACGGUCUUAGUGAUCCAUAUGUCGUCCUCGGUGAUGAGUACCAGAAGCGCCUUGCGAAGACACGAGUCAUCUAUGGCAACCUGAACCCACGGUGGGAUGAAACGAUCGACAUCACCACGAACGGGCCGCUCAACAUUGUUGCUACCAUCUGGGAUUGGGACACGCUCGGUGAUCAUGAUUGUGUUGGUCGAACCUCGCUCAAGCUAGACCCCUCGCACUUCAGAGACUACAUGCCGCGCGAGUACUGGCUAGACCUUGACACUCAAGGUCGCUUGCUGUUGCGUGUGAGUAUGGAAGGCGAGCGAGAUGACAUCCAGUUCUAUUUCGGCAAGUCGUUCAGGACACUUAAGAGGACUGAGCGAGACAUGACACGGAAGAUCACAGACAAGCUCUCGUCUUUCAUCAAUCACACCCUUUCUCGACGUACGCUGAAAGCCUUACUGAACCGAGGAAUCUCUGUAACAUCAGUCACAAACUACUUCCGUGCAGCCCGACCGCAGUCCGUCAUCCAAGGUCCCACGCAACAGGACGUCACACAAGCCCUUGACCCUCUGUUCAGAUACUUCGACGAGAACUUCGCCAUCAUGAAGCAGACCCUUACAGAUGCUGCUAUGAUCAUGGUCAUGACUCGUCUAUGGAAGGAAGCGCUAGCAACGAUAGAGUCAUUGCUCGUCCCGCCCCUCUCCGACAAGCUGUCUCAGCAGCGCCCACUGACCCAACAGGAGCUCGACAUUGUCUUCAAGUGGCUCAAGCUACUCUUCGACUUCUUCCACGCGGCUGAUGAAGACGGCAAUGUCGACGGUGUACCUAUGGACGUCCUCAAAUCGCCCAAGUACCACGAACUUCAAAACCUCAACUUCUUCUACUUCGAGUCCACAGAAGACCUCAUCCGCACUAGCGAGGCCAUGGCCGGUGCCAGCGCUCGCAGACAACAGGAGACAGCAGCCAGAUUGAACAGGCAGUCUGCACCGCCUGCUAUGGGUCACCAAUUUGGCGGUGCUGCAGGGCUUGUGGGUAUGCCGACACGCAAGCACAAGACGAUCAUGCUGAGCAGGAACCUGGGUACGAUGAAAAAGGCGAAGGAGGAGAAGAGGAAGGAAGCACAGGCUGAGCCGAAUGACGAUAUGAUUCUGAGGAUACUGAGAAUGAGGCCAGAAGCUGAGAGGUACCUAAAGGACCGGAGCAGGCAGAAGGAGCGACUCGCCGCUGCGCAGGCCGCAGAGAUGAUUGUACGACAGAGCUUGAACGCUGGUGGUGGUCGCAUGACAGGUCUAGGCAUGGGCCGCGGGCGAUAG